GUGGAACUUAAGACUUCUCAUACGCGCUGUAAAAUGGCAUUGUUUUAAAAAGUAACUCUUCGGCGUGCCAUAAACUCUUUGUUGUGUAAGCAUUCGUGCACAACGCUGGAGUGCAUCUUGACGCAUUGGACCCCGCGUUGCCCACUAAAGCAUUCGACAGGAUGGACAAAAUGAAGACUCCCCGCUUUUCCAACUAUGUAAUUUUGUUCUUCAUCGCCAGCGGGGCAGGUGCUGUGGUACUGAACUCAACCACGUCGUCCACGGAUAAAUCGAACAUCACUUUACUAAAAGAAUCUUCUCGGGACCAAUUAUCAGCGUUUGCACCAAAGUCAAGACGAAAACGGUAUAUCUCUCAAAGCGACAUGAUUGCCAUUUUAGACUAUCAUAACAAAGUUAGAGCGAGCGUCUUUCCACCUGCUGCCAACAUGGAAUACAUGCUUUGGGAUGAUGGUCUGGCCAGAUCUGCUGAAGCCUGGGCUGCUACCUGUAUCUGGGACCAUGGGCCACAGUACCUCCUGAGAUACCUGGGUCAGAACCUCUCAGUCAGAACUGGCAACUACAGAUCUAUCCUCCAGCUUGUUAAACCGUGGUAUGAUGAGGUGAACGACUACGUCUUCCCCUACCCCCGGGACUGCAACCCCAGAUGUCCUUUGCGAUGCUUCGGGCCCAUGUGCACGCAUUACACACAGAUGGUGUGGGCCACGUCGAACAGAGUCGGCUGUGCCAUCCAAACUUGUUACAACAUGCUGGUAUGGGGUGUCGUAUGGAGACAAGCAACGUACCUUGUUUGCAAUUAUUCACCAAAGGGCAACUGGAUUGGCGAGGCUCCGUACAGGGUGGGGGUGCCCUGUUCAGCCUGCCCUCCUAGCUAUGGAGGAGCGUGCAGCAACAACCAGUGCUAUCCAGGUGUGAGCUCAAACUACCUUUACUGGUUCAAGUAAACGGAAAAGGAAACGUUCCACGAUUAUUUAAGUGCCGCCGAUAAAGCAUCAGCGCAUUGAUGCUGCCUUGUUGCUCAAAGCAUUGAUCUUGCUUCUGCUCUGUCAAUACACCUUCAGGAUUUCAGUUCAAAAUCUGUUUGACAUUGUUUACAUGAUGUCGCUUUUUCAAAGGUGCUAAUAUGAUUCAUUCAUUCAUUCAUUACAUUACUGUGUUUUGACCAUUCGAGCAAUACACGACUCAAGGUCAGAUUGAUGUUAGUCUGUGGACGUUGUCCUCGUUUUGUUUGGAGUUACUUGCAUCACAUUCAAACUGUGAUACUCAUGUACAGUAUAUCAUUUCAGGGUGUUCUGAUGGUGCUCAAAUAUACACCAAAUCACUGAUAAUUCCUCAGAAUGGCACACUAUUCAAAGGGGGAGUUUGACAUUUGCUCCAAAUUCUGUGGUGGGACAUGUGCAGUAUCCCCAUGCUAUCUCUGGCUUGAUCAAUGGCAUACUUUAGUCAAAUAUGAGUGCUGUGUGUAUGUUGGCUGCCUAGUACCUCUGUCAUGCUGCGUAGAUCCGGGAAGGGAAGAAUUUGGAAAUGUGAAGAGUAAGAAAUAGGACAAAGAGGAGUGCUAUGUCACAUUAAAAGAGGUUUACAACUGCUUAUUGGACAGCAACUUUUCUUCCUCAAUUAUACGCAUUGUAUAGCACAAAGUGUUAUUGCAGAUUUUUUGUGGUUAUAUUGUUUUUCAGAAAUACCAUAACAUUUUAUUAUAAGCUGAUGGUCAGCUAUAAGCUAAUGAAAGAUCUUAUAAGCUAAUGAAAACACGACUGAAUGUUACCUGUCCUCAAAUUCAAUGGUGAAAGCUCUGCAAGCUUUUAUAGCCUCCAACCAGCAAAACUGAUCAUGUACAGUAUAUUGGACAGGGUAACAUAUUUCUUUGAUUUUCGUUUUGAUUGGCUUACAAUCUUUAACAAACCUCCCGUCAUUUGGGAGCAGAUUACUAUCUUGACAUUUUGUAAAACACUGGGCAGAAGUGUAUACAAAAAUGACAUCCUUGAUAUUGUAUUCAAAUUAACUCGUUAAAUUAUGAAAGAUACCCAUGUAAUAACAUAUUACAUGCACUGACGGACAUUCUACUGCAUACUGUGUACCAAGGCUAAUAACAGAUGAUAUUUAUAUUUUGUGAUGUAUCUUUGCUAGUUUUGUAAGCAUCAGCCUCUACAUA